CGGAGGCCGCCCGAGCUAGUAACCCUUGUGCAGUCUUCGAGUGUGCGUGUGUUGGAGACGAGCUUACAACGUCAGUUGUCAAAUAUAGUGAAAAGCAUGGCUUGUGCUUUUAGGUCGAAAUUCUUAUACGAUAAUAGUAGGGUCUUAGCUUCGACAUCCUGGUUCACUUGCAAAAAUUAUUGUUCGACUUCUAAAAACAGUUAUGAGCUUGUGGUGGUGGGUGGUGGAGCUGGAGGCUGUGCUGCUGCUGCCAAAUUUUCUUCCAAGCUUGGAGCUGGUAAAGUUGCCAUCAUCGAACCUGCCGAUAUGCACUACUACCAGCCAAUGUUCACCCUAAUUGGUGGAGGUAUGAAAACUUUGAAGAACUCCUGCAAGCCAAUGAGCAAGGUUUUACCAAAGAAAGCUGACUGGAUAAAGCAGCGGUGCAUAUCGUUUGACCCUGACAACAAUAAAGUGGUCACCGAGGAUGGCAAGGAGAUCAGCUACAAGUAUCUUGUGCUGGCUCUUGGCAUGCAACUCAACUAUGACGCUAUACCAGGUCUUAUCGAAGGCCUGACAACACCUGGCAGUGGCGUGUGCAGCAACUACUCGCCUGCCUAUGUCGACCGUACCUUUGAGAGCCUCAAGGCAUUCAAGAGCGGCAAUGCCGUCUUCACGUUUCCCAACACACCCGUGAAGUGCGCGGGAGCUCCUCAGAAAGUCAUGUAUAUCUCUGAAGAGUACUUGAGGAAGGAAGGAAAACGAGACAAAGCAAAUAUUAUUUACAACACUUCCCUGCCGGUGCUAUUUGGUAUCCAGAAGUAUGCCGAUGCAUUGUGGAAGGUAGUGAAGAGCCGCAAUAUUGAAGUAAAUACACGGCGCAACCUGGUGGAAGUUCUACCUAGGGAGAAACGCGCUGUCUUCCAGAACCUAGACAACCUUGCUGAGAAAGUUACUACUGAUUUCGAGCUCCUUCACGUGACACCGCCCAUGUCAGCCCCCAAAGAGCUGAAGGCCUGCCAGCAACUCACGGAUGCCAACGGAUUUGUGAGUGUCAACAAGGACUCCAUGCAGCACACGACAUACAGUAACGUCUUCGGAAUCGGUGACUGCACCAAUUCCCCCAACGCCAAGACCGCUGCUGCUGUUGCUGGCCAGAUCGGCGUGUUACGCAAGAACCUGUCUGCAGUUAUGGCUGGCAAGCCCCUGACUGCCGUGUAUGACGGUUACACCUCUUGUCCUCUCGUCACUGGUUAUUCAAAAUGCAUCCUGGCGGAAUUCGACUACUCAGGGCAGCCUCUGGAAACGUUCCCAAUCAACCAGGCGGUGGAGCGCCGAACAAUGUUCCAUCUUAAGAAAGACUUCAUGCCCGACAUGUAUUGGUUGGGACUGCUCAAUGGAUAUUGGGAGGGACCAGGUCUGAUGAGGAGCGCCAUGCACCUUGGAAUGAAGUAGAGAUUCAUCUCCUGCUGCGAAGGCCACAGAUACCUGAGCUGGACGUUAGAGCCGUCACCGUCACGGCCGUAUCUUGCGCGCACGUCGCGCACGCUUGUCACGUCCUGCUCCAGCUCAUCCAUAGAAUUAGCCUGUCACCAGAAGAUACAUUUAUUUAAAUCUGCAAAAACUGCGCGGACAACAUGUCCACACUAUCAUUAUAUUAUGAAUCAUCUGUUGGAACGAGGUGACUUAAUGAAUGUGGUACUUUUAGUUUCACAACGCAAUUAGCGGCUAUUGUCAAAGUAUGCCUGUAUGCUACAAGAGAAGGAAGCUACGUAACAAUGAAUGCAGCAAUAUUUGUUUUCGCCGCUUAUUUUUAUGUUUGAAACAGAUUAACACAGGGCUCAAAUUUUCAACUUGGAAUAAUACCUAUUUCUUCCAUCAAUGACGUGAGUUAGGAAUCAACGCUGGUGAUGAUGAAGAAGAAUAGGGACUAAAAUAUCAUGUAAUGCAUAAACGAGUAAAAGGCUAGUGACAAAGUUCAUUUUUUAACGAAAUGGCGUGAAUGUAUAAUAAUGCAUAACAUUACACCGUAAAAUUGUAAAAGCAUUUUCGGGUUGUUAACUAUGAAAGAAUGAUCCAGUUUCAUUUGUUUCCUUAUUUUUCUGAUUAUUUAAUCCUGCAAUUGAACGAGUUGUGAUUUGUAGUUUACAUUAUCAUAUGUUUAAUCCUAAUUUUAGAACUAGAAAGAAUGGGUUAUGGUGUCAAUUUUAUCCCCCUUCUUUCUGGUAAGAUAAUAAUGGCUAUUAACCCGUUAGGUUUGAUGUUGAUACUCGAGAAUAUUUACCUCGUUGAUUCUCUUUAGAUGAUAUAUUGAAUUUAUUACAACUUUCUACGAUCA